CGAUUCAUGCACGUCGGGUUGUUCCACGCCGACUGACUCUUCCGUCGAGACAACUGGAGGUGGUAGUAACAUCAAGGGCAACGUCGUUUCCUUCACGUCCGCCGCGCCUCUUGUUUUCCUUCACGUCCGCCGCGCCGGCAGCCCUUAGCCUAGCUAGCUCUCAGCAAUAGCAUAGAAAUCUAGCUAGUUGGCCGUGGGUUCUAUUUGGAGUAGCUAAAGUAGUGCACUACUUGGCAUGAAAAAAAAAUCACACGAAAAUAUGCGAAAAAGUUGACUAGUGAAAAUGUUAAUGUUAACAUUUUUUUUUUGGAUAUCCUCCUUCCAUCGUUUACGCACUGGUCCACAGGGUUUUUGCCGGGUUUCUAGUAAUCUGAUCUACUUAGUGACUAAUUUAUAGCUCCGCUUCUGCAACAGCAAGAACAAUAGCACUGUGAUAUAGAAGAUUGAACAGAUUGAAGUCAUCAGAUGUCUGCAGCAUCAUGAUUUUGAUUAGUUGCACUUAUGCAACUGAUCGCUAUGCAUAUGUUGCAGACCUCAUAAGUGUGAUUGUCGGGGGAGGAGAUUUUCCCACAGGACUCAAGCGGUGUUUGAUUCGAUGUCCAGGCACGAGAAAAUCCCGCCUCUCUUCACUCACAACAGAUCGAAGCGCCUGUCGACGAGGCAACUGGCGACGCUUUUCUUUUCCCUUCUACUUCCUUCAAUUGCCGUUUUUUUUCUGCAGCAUUUUAUGCGAUUUUUUUUGAAAACCACAAACACAACAGAAACAAGGUAGGCUGGUGCUUGUUACUAGUCGCAUGAUAAUCGGAGCAGGACUGCAGGUAGAGGCAGUCUAUUUUUUGUGCCACCAACGCUAGCGGAUUUUUGAGGUAGGAGAAGUAUGGUUCAGACGAAGACUGCUUCUUUGAUCGGAAUUCAUUCACAUUCUAUACGUAGAACGACUAGGACACCCACAACCUCCAGUACAUUAAAUGCAACGCUACUCAUCACCCGUCGGUAUCCCCGGAUUACAAAUAAAACAGAGACUCCAUGCUCCUCGUUCGGCAUCGUGCUAUUUAUUACAAAGCCGCCACUGUGUAGGAUGCCGAAGUGAGUCACUGCCUCCCAGUUUUACUAGAGUCUUGUUUUUAUCAAGUAGUAUUACAUUCAUGGAAGUUCUGCUUUUGGAGCUGUUUCUUAUGAAAAUGUCCUUGCUCUCCUGGAGGAUAAGUUAUAGUUCUUUUUCGACAACAUUUUUUUUUUCCUACAGCAUUUCUUCCAGUUUUUUUUUUACAAACCAGUUGUAA